GAAGGGGGGAAAACUGUUAGGACGAAAUGAUCAUGUCGUAUCCGUUAUAAAAGCAUGUGUGUGUGUGUGUGUGUGAGAGAGAGAGAGAGAGAGAGAGAGAGAGAUGUGAAAGUCAGAAACAUUUCGCCCUGGUCGGUAUGUAUUAAAGGAACAAAAAAGAAAGAAAAGAAAAAGGAAAAGCAAUGCGUGUAAUUUUAAGCAGAUGUAUAUAGGUGGGUUCACCUAAAGAGAGAGAGAGAGAGAGAGAGAGAGAGAGGGAUAGAGAGAGAGAGAGAGAGAGGGAGAGAGAGAGAGAGAGAGAGGGGGCGGGGGUGCAUGGACCUCACUGCCUAUGGGACCUACAGGCACCCCGAUAGGGUUCUUGUUUAUUUUAGAACAAAAGAAAAAGGGGGAUUAUAUUAGAAUAAAAGGCCCGGUGCGUGUGCGGGAGUGCGACGGGCCUCUCCGACACUUUGUCCGCCGCUGCUUCGGGAAAACGGUGAGGGAAAAGCGGCGUGGCUUUGAACUCGAGUCCGGGGAUUUCACUGCGCUCCGGGCCUCCAGAUAUCUUGCUUAUAAAAUCAAAAGAUGGGGAUAAAAUGGACAUAAGGACUUUGCCAAAUGUAAAGUUCGGAGAAUGUGGUAGCAAAAGCAGGCCGAGCAUAAUGACCAGAACUCCACCGGACUACAUAAUGAAAAAACUCUAGUCUAAAACUGUUUUAAAGGGAAAAUGUCAAAUAUUUGUGCAAAGAAGACAACCAGGGACCAGUGAUUUUUCUUAUUGUUCCCAUGAAGCAGAGGAGAUGAACAGUGUUAAGCAGAAGAGAAGUGCAUACAUAAAGUAUUAAUCCUAAAAUAAAAAUUAAGAACAUUAGUGGAAUCUCGCGCCAUCCUGAUGAGGAGUUUUGCUGAUUGUUGUGUUUUGCUACAUGAACUACAUCUUUAGUUAUACUGAGAUAAAAAUGCCUAAAAUCACUCACGAUUGACUUCUUCAGCACAAUGAAGAAAAAUUAAAACUGCACUUUUGGUUACGCUUUUUUUUUUUUUUUUUUUUUUUUUCCUCCCCAGCACUUAGCCCAUUUCUUGGCUAAGAAAUCUUUGCUACCCAUGUCAUGUCUAUUUUUUGCACAAGGACACAUCUAGUGCCAAGCUGGUAUGACUACAAAGUGGAAAUUAUGACACCGGUUUAUCUGAAUGGAUGUGACUGCUGCUAAGUUUGUCACCAUCACAUCCUUUGACUUCUACAUCAAAAGUUUUUUUUGCCCCCUUUUUUUUCAAAAACUGUUCGAAUUUUAUCUGUUGCUGCUACAAUCGUGAUUAUUUUAUCCAUCAGCUACAACCUGCUGUGGAACGUUGAACAUUUUUUACACAAUUUCAGCAUUCCUUUAUGUUUUAGCUUUUCUUUCUUUCUUUUUUUUUUUUUUGAAGUAGUCUUACUCUUAAGCAAUUGCUUACCAAACACAAAAAAACACACAAAAAAAUGCAGAACUUUUCUAACAGUCCUGCAACUCUGCCUCCAGGAUUUCCUAGCAGAGGUGGAAACUUGGUUGGUUCUCCAUAUCCACCCCACAUAUCAGAUCCUCAGAUAUCUCCAAGGACUAUUGAAGAUUAUGCUGCCAUGCAGCAAUCGCAAUCUAUCCUCCAAAGUCAUGGGCAGCACCCACACCUACGUGGGCAGCAGCACCUCGGACAAGCAUCCCAUAUCCAUGGCUAUGGAUCCAGGCGAGGUGCUGGAGAGAUACCACAGGCUGCUGGAAGCAGUAGCAACUCUUACCGAAAGGAAAGUUUGGAUUAUUAUUUUCCAGUGGGUGGCCGAGACAGGAACAGAAGAGGAGGAGGGGGUUUUGGAGCAGGGUUUGGGUACUCGAACAUGGAAUACCAGUACAGACAUGUUUCUGGGUCUGGGCCAUCUUCUGGCAUGAUGUCCCCUUACCCCAUGGACUACAGCACCAGUGCUGCUACUGGUAGUGGCAGUGCUAACAGUAAUAGCAGUGGUAGUGGUUCAUUUUCACCCACACAGCAGUUUAGUAUGGCCCAGAAUGCAUCACUGCAGCCAGUUUCAGGUGCUGAAAUGCACCAGCGUCAACAUAGCCAAAAAUACCCUUCACACCAGGGGUUACAUCAAGGUCAUCGGGCCUAUCCUCUGUCUGGACACAGAAUAUCGUCUCACUUUGGGCACUACACUCCUCUUAAUGUGCCUACAGCAUCAGUUGGAAUGUACAACUCUCCACCACAAAGGUAUGAGAUGAGCAGUGGAAACAUAGACUCCAAAAUCAACUCACCCCCUCACUCCAAUCCAAACACCACUCCAGGUUCUGCAGCUUCAAACAACUCCGGGCACCAAGAGAAUGCAGGUCAGAGCUACCCCUCUUCCAACCAUCCACCUUACUCACCUCAAUCUCAUCCCGUUCCCAAACAUGCCUCUCGUCGCACUCCUCAGCAUAAUCUUGGAGCAGCCUAUGAUGCUCCAAUGAAGAUGCAGCAUGCGCCUCCUGGCCUCGCACACCCUAAAAACCAUCAGUCCUCUGUGUCUUUAAGUCCUGCAGCACCACACCAUGCCUCUCAGGACAUUUCCAAAUCUCCCAUGCAGUCACAAAACCAGCAGACUCAAAUGAAUCAAAAUUUCAGCCCAAUUUCUAAUCCAUCUCCUGUUCCAUCUGCUGUCCACUCUCCAAGCUGCAGCUCCUCCUCCUCCCCUCUCAUGGGUGUUUCAGAAGGGCCAGGCAGUUCUGCAUCAUUGCACUCCUCACUUUUAAAUCCCCGUAGCAGUCACAGCCAUAUUAGGGCCCAACAUACCAUGCCACAGCUUAGUCCAACUCCUAGUUCUAAUAGCAGUAUUAGUAGUUGUGGUAGCGUAGUGAGCUCUGCUGUUAAUCAGAAUCGAAUGGGAGUAGGUCUACGAGGUGGACAACGGGAAGAAACCUCAUCAUCCCUGUACCCACAGGACAAGCUCUCUCAAGACCCUGGACUGAAUAGUCUAAAUGCCCUCACAUCCCAAGUGGCUAAUUUGCCCAACACAGUACAACAUACAAUGCUAACAGACACUGUGCUCUCUCAGAAGAAAAGAAGAGAUAGCACACAUCAGCCUCACUUGACAGCUGGCAAUCAGCAGAAACACAGAAAUGCUAGUGCUGUUUGUCGAAGCACAGCAAAUGAAGAAAGUGGAGAUGUUUUGGCAUCUGAACCAGAGGAGGCAAGUAAGAAUCACCGUGACCAUUCAGAACAGGAAAAAGUGAGACAACCAGAUGGAUUUAGCACUGAAUCUAAACCCGCUAACUACUACUCAGCAACUACGAAUCAGACCCAAACUCAGACAGGACAAAGUCGUCCUGGUCGGCAUCUACAAAUGGAUGAAAGAGUCACAGAGGGAUCAGUCAAACAAUCGUUUAGUCAGGGUGCAAAACCUUUUUCACAGAUUAAGGCACCAGAAACCCAAGCUCCGUCAUCCUCGUCUCCACCCUGUGUUGCUCCAGAACCAAGCCCAAAUGCAUCUUCUUGUGCACCUGCUCCCUCAGCCUCAUCAUCUGCUGCAUCUUCUCCUGCUCAUUCUGUACAAUCAAAUUGUGUAAUUGAGCCUGAUCUUAGUCACAGUGAUGAAAAAACUGGACUGAAGGAGAAAAAGACUUCAGAUAUGAAAGAUGAAAAAAACACAGUUAAACAUGAAGAGCCUUCUCAUCAAGAACUGGAUAAUGGAAAGAAUACACAGACUUUGGCCAGUGUAAAGGUGGAACAAUCAGGCCCAGCUGAACAAAAUGAGAAUGAGAAGGAUGACAAGAAAAACAACUUGCAGAAUUUUCUCAGUAGAAAUUUAAACACUCCAGAACAGUCCAAUUCCGGAGUUGGUGUUAUUGUUUCUGCACGUUCUGAACAAAGUCCUGAGGGACUUAAGCAAACAGAGGUUACAUCUCACCAUGGCACUUCGUCGGACAUGGGCAAGCUCAACUAUCCUGAGGAGAAACAUUCCAUAAACAUGUUUAGGGAUUCUGGGAGUCACAACGGAGAUGGGGAAAUGGAAACAUUCACAGCACACUAUGAUGUCUCCCCUAAAACUGAGUUUGGGCAAAAUGUGUCCUCAAAUCACUGUCAAUCUGGUUCUUACAAAUAUUGCAAUCCUGAAAUGCCAUACAGUGCUUGCAUGGGUGCAAAGAUCAAGGUACGAGCUGGACCAGGGGGUGGAAUAGGUGCAAACAGAUACCAAGAAUACCAUCAAUCACAGUCUAACUUUGGUUAUGUAUCUAGAAAGGAUGUUGGUGUUCUAGGAGUGAUGGGAAAAAGUGGUGUAGGAUCAAGAGGUCAGGAUAGUAAUUUGCAGUUGCAGCAACCGUAUCCCAGUCUUUUACAAGAAGUCCUGCAAGGCUAUCAUUUAGAUCGGCGCUAUUGCCGUCCCGAACAAACAUCUGGUAGUCAUCAUCAACCUCAAAAUAUGUCUCAGCAUCAUUACCAUACUAGACUCCCCUAUCGUGUGACUGAAAACGUGAGGCCUCAUGGAAUGGACCAAUCAGCAAUGGGUGGUGCCAGUAUUCAUCAACAAAUGGCCACAGGAAAGCAUCACUCUCUAAAUCAGGGACCAGACCCUGAGAUGGGCCUUGGUCUUCUUCAUCCUUCUUGGGAUUCCGAAGCACAAAGGCCUAAGGGGGAUCAAGGAAUCUCAUCAGAGAAGGGCACAAUAACUAUGUCUCCCAGCCAUUCCACUAAUAUACAGCAGUCCUCAGAUCCUUCAACAGUAACGCCUCCUAAGCACAUUAACUUGGCAGACUAUUCCUUGCCCCACAGAAAAACCCCAAGCCUGGCUACACCACCUUCUGCUGUCCAGCAGUUGCUUUUACAAGAAUCUGACCAAGAAUUAUCUCGAAAUUCAGAAUCCAUAAAUCAGACCCAAUCUCAGAUGUCCUUAUCUUCAGAAAGGCGCUCUGUAAUCUGUGAUGUAUCUCCAUCACGACGGACCACUUCAGAGAAAGAAAGAAGUCACUGUGGGACAUCUGGAUCCUCAGUCAUUCAACACCCCCUCUCAUCCUCUGCAAGUGAGCAAGGGUGCACUAAGGAGGAUGUAAAAGAUGUAAAAGGGCAUGAAUUGGAAAAAGCUUCUAAGAUAACCCCCAAAGAACUUGGAAAACAACUUGGAGAUGGACACAGUGCGAUUUUACCUAAGGAAGAGCCUAGUAAGUCCUUGCAUGCACCUAUGGAAGUUAUUUCUGAGUUGCAUAGACAGAGUAGUGGAAAAGGGAUUAGUGAUCCCUCCAGCAAUGCCUUAUAUCACUCUAAAAUUUCCACUAAUCCUCUUUCAUCACCACCCAGAUGCAAACCUUUCUCCCAGGCUGUUGAUGGAUCAUCUGCAGGUUUUCCUGCUUAUGGGUUUAGUGAUACAGCUGAUGGCCCCAAAAUGAAUGCUCAUCAUCCUUCUCCCAAUUCAUUCCAUUCAGUAUCAUCUCCAAGUCAUGUCCCACCUCCAGUAAACAAAUUACAAGCAUAUUCUCACCAUGUUCCUCUUCAGCACCCACAUGGCAUCAAUGACCGAUUUGACUGGUCAACCAGCAGUAAUAGACAUAAAGAUGUUUCCAUCCAUCACAACUCUACCCAAAACCCUGACCAGAAGUUAUCAAGACAACACUCAUACCCUGGCUCUCACUAUGAUAUGAAAAUGUGGGAGUCCUAUGCUGAAAGAGAAGGAACUGGAAACCAGCAGCUACACUCUUUGGCUCCUUCUCACAAGUCUGUUGGCUCUGUACCAACCAGUGGUCCCAAGCCCCUGGAUGCAGAUGUCUCCCGAGGGAUUACAGAAGAUUCAGCAAAGUCAUUCCAUCCACCUGCAGCUGCUGGUUCAGGCGGUUCAGGCAGCAGUAUUAUUACCCCAAGUGUUCCCCAAGGACAUCGACAGAGCAAAACUGGAGGGGCAGCAGAAACUAACCCAUUAAUGAUGAGGAGGAGAGUUCGGUCUUUCAUUUCUCCCAUUCCUGCCAAGAGGCAGCAUCAGGAUUUUUCUGGCAACAGGGGUGUGUCAUCUCAUCACUCUCCGGUAGCCCAUGCUGAAUCUAGACCCCUAAAUGAGAGUGAUUCAAGCAGUGUAGACUCUCGUCCUAAACUAGCUUCUCCCAGCACACCGUUUCAACCUCCAAGUGCUAACUCACCCCCACAGGUGAAAACAAAGUUUCUACCACCAAGAAAGGGAAGGGGAUUGAAACUGGAAGCAAUAGUUCAAAAAAUCACUCCAAAUAAAAAAGCCAGUUACAGUAAUAGCCACACAGACGCUGAUUAUUCAGAUGUAUCACGUUACAGUUCUGAUAUACCUGACCCAGAAAUUGGAGCACCCUUCUCUAAUGCACCUCACAGAGAAAGUGGAUGUCUACCUUACCUUGAUGAAGCUCAUUCUUUAGAUGAUCUUUUGCCUUACAGAGCAGAAGAUGGAUAUUCUUGUGAUUCUCAAGUUCUCAAACAGAGUGUGACUGGGUCUACUGGUUCUACUCUGAGAAAUUUGCCAACAGACUUUGACUUUGGGUUAGGCACUACUGGAUCUUCAGCGCCUGGGACCGAUGAAGGUGAUAAGGAUGAGUUUACACUAUUAGGACCCCUUCCCCCACCACCUCCAUUGCCUCGUCCUGUGCAAGGUUCCCCUCCUCCAUCUUCAUCUGCAUUGUCCGAUAUACAACAAUUCACUAACACCUACCAGCAGCUGGAGACAAGACGAGGAGAGCAGUCUGCUGCUAACCUACUGAGGCAGAAACUUCAGGAGACUGGCAUGGGUUUUGAUGAUUAUCCUGGAGGGGAUUUCUAUGGAGCAACCCCACCCCAUGGCCAAAGUCCAGGACACCACCUGCUCUCCAGACCUCCACAGCAUGAGUUAGGCUCACCAAGAACAACAGGAUCAGACUCCAAACUACAAGAGAGCUUUGUUCCCAAAGGUUAUUUCCCUUCAGGCAAAAAGAAGGGACGACCAGUAGGAAGUGUAAAUAAACAAAAACGUGUACAAGUCCAAGUACAGAGUGCCACUUCCACUGUAACAUCAGCUCCUCAUACUCCUCCUGCUGGUUCUCUUGCUGCUACUCCUCAACCUGCAUCAAAUUCCAGCAUGCCAGGAGAAGCAAUCGUAACAGCAACCUUACCUGAACAGAAACCUUGUCCCUCUGUGGAUCUUACUACGCAGAGCCAACCAGUAAAGGUGGAGAUAGAGGGUGAAGACAACCAGCCUGAGGUGGAUAUGAAACCAAUAAAACACAGGCAGAGAAAGGGAAAAGAGGGGAAUGAAGGAACUGGCUCAAAAAGCAGACAGUGGAGGAAAAGUAGAGGAAUGACCUCUAAAGAAGAGCUGGAUCCUCAGACUGUUGUUGUGGGAAAUGCAGGGACUUUGCAAGACACUAGGAAAAACACGUUCUCACCUUAUGUACACGUUGAAAGGAAGAUAACUGAAAUUGGAGCUGUGUGUACAGUAGUUAAUUCCGAAGAUGAGAAAUCAAAAGGAGGAGGCAAAAAUGGUAGUUCUGGGGUUGAUGGCAUCUCAAAUGUUUCUCUGAUAUCUCAGAUGGUCAGAAAAGAGAGGGAAAUUGAGAGGAUGCAGGAAAAAGGGAUUGAUGAGCCAAAUGAUUCCGUCAUGCAGUCAGGAAAGUCUAUUCCCACAUCUGGAUACGUCCUCCCAGGCCCUGUGAUGUCUGAGUCUGGGCACGCUGGUCGUUUGUUGUGUUGCCUUUGCCAGAAAUGGGCAAAUUACAAGAAUCUUGGGGAUCUCUAUGGUCCCUUCUACCCAGCUGAUUAUGCUGCCAAAUUCCCGAAGAACCAACCCCAAAUUCGACAGAUCUUGUCAAACACUGGGGCGGCCAAUGCAGGGUCAAAUCCAUCUUCUGUAUCAACAGAAUUAACUGUCCCAGACAUUCAGUCUGUAUAUCUUCCAGACAUCAGCUCAGCAGACACCAGCUGUUCAGUAAGUCAAACCACAAACCCGGUGUCCCCUGCAGUGAGUGAAAACCUGCCAUGUCUCAGUACCACCACCAAGGCACCAGAGCAAAACUGGAAUCUGAUGCCAGAAGGGGCACUCAUUACCUUAGACCCACCUGAACUAGAGAAUGAACUGAACCAGAGAAGAGAGCAGAAAGCAGAUGAGGUGCAGCAACGACCACAGCAUCGAAAGCUGACUUCCCAUCCACGUUUCAAGAGGAGACACAAAUCUAGUGAGGAGUUGCCUCGCACAAUUCCAAUUAACAGCAAAGCUUCACUGCCUUUCCAGCCUCCACCACCCAGCCUUGAUUCCUUGGGGCCUUUGGCUCAGCUUGCUCAGCUCCCGGUCGUGCCCUUAGAUCCAAAGGAGCUUUGGGUCCACGAGAGCUGUAUCGUCUGGACUAGUGGUGUUUACCUGGUCAAUGGGAGAUUGUAUGGCCUCCAGGAGGCGCUAGAUGGUGCCAGAGAAACAAGCUGUUCUCAUUGUGAAAUGGCUGGUUCCACUCUGGGUUGCUAUAGUAAAGGCUGCACACUGAGGUAUCAUUACCUGUGUGCUGUAGAGGCAGACUGCUGUCUAAAUGAAGAUAAUUUCUCCUUGAGGUGUCCAAAGCACAAGUUUCCACAGAAUAGUAGACCAGCCAAACCUGCAGCUGCACACCAGGAGCAGUCAGAAAGAGGCUGAAGACACACUAAUCACACAAUCAUCAAAUACGCCGAGUGCGACCGAGCAGAAGGAUUGAGACCAGCGCUUUUACAGACGUUAUUGAUUAUGGAUCAACUGACCGGAAUGUAAAAAAAAAAUUAUAAACUUUCUUUAAAGAACACAAAGAAAAAAACUGUCGUGACAAAGAAAAAAAAAUUUUUGUUAAUAAUCUACCUGUAUCAUGGGGGAAAAGUCUGAAAGGAAAAAAAAAAAUCAACACUACAGUGGAAGGAAGGAAAGAAGACGAAGCCGGAUGAAAAACUUUCAUUUUUCAUAUCAUUUGAGUUUUAAUUCCGUUUAAAGCUCAUUACUUUGUUUUAUUCAGCAGUGUUUUUGGGAACAAGAAGCCGACACGUGUAUUAUUAUUAUUAUUAUUGUUAUUAUUAUUAUUAUUAUUAUUCAAGUAAUUAUUUUUACCCAUUUUGAUUUUAAAGCAGUAUUUUACUCAUCAUUUAUGCCUCCGUUACGGCGUCAUUCCUUCACACAGACGAAAUCUUGUUGCCACGGAGACAUUGUUGCCGUGGAGAACGGACAUUUAUUGCCUUUGAAGGGGUGUGUGUGUGUGUGUGUGUGUGUGUGUGUGUGUGUGUGUGUGUGUGUGUGUGUGUGAGACUGAGCAAGCAGCCUAUGAUGUGCCUGUGUUGUUACAUUUUCAUCAAAACAAACAGCUAUGUCUGAAAUCACACCCUGUUCCCUACGUAGUGCACUAUUUUUUUUUUUUUUUUGGCCAUUUUGUAGUCUGAAUGCAAAGUGGAGGAAAUCGAGUGCACACAGGAAAUCCCACAAUGCACUGCAGUAGGUUAGGGUACAAAGGAUGAGUGCGGCAUACCCAGAAUUCCCUGCUGUGUUUGUAGGGAAUAGGGAGUUAAGGCACCAUUACAGACAAAAAAUAUAUAAUGAUGAUACUUUCGGAAUAAAAGCAAGUGUGUGUGUGUGUGUGUGUGUGUGAGAGAGAGUGAGAGACUGACACUGAGACUCUGCUCCAUCAGAAACAAAAUGUUUGUUGCCAUAGAGAUAAGGAUGAAAAGGUACAUUUCAUUUCCACCUGCUCAUUUUUUAUUCUUGUAAAAAUUGAAAUCAUGGGGAAAAAAAUGACUAUGAAACAUGUUGUACUACAAAACUGUUGAUAUGUAUAUGCUUCAUCAAUACAGGAAGUCCUGAACGCUCAA